AAAAAAAAAAAAAGAAAAGAAAAAUAAUAAUCGUAAUGGCUCGUGUACACAUGUUCAAGUCUUCUGACAAACAAAACAAGUCAAUUUUAUUGGAUUCAGAAGACUUACCUCCAUCUCCAACCUUAAAAAAAGAAGCGAUUACUACAGUUGAAGAAAAUGCAUCACUUGAUGUUACAGCUGCUGAAAGUCAAUCAUCAAAAAGUGAUAAACCAUCAACAGCAACAUCGUCUCAAUUAAACAGUGAAUCUUUAUUACAAAAGACUUUAAACAAUUUGAAUGUUGUAGAUGCAGCUACAGCCGCAUUAUAUGGAAAACCAGAAUCUUUAAAUAUAUUAAAUAAAGAAACCCAACAGCAGUUAUUUUCUUCUUUACAACCAGAAACAACAAAAGAAAAGGCAUUAUCAUUAGUAGUAGAAGAAAAAAAGGAUUCUUCAGCUGAGUUCAUGGAUCAAGCAGCAGCAGCUACUGCAUUACAAUUAUUAGGAUUGGCUCAACAAACGAAUAAUGCAGUCAACACGAUUGUAGCCAGUCCCGCAAUUUUAUCUCCACAGCAACCACUUGAUUCACCUGUUGUAAGCUCAAAUUCAUUACCCUUAACUUCACAACAACAACAACAACAAACAAAAAUAAUCAAUGGUGAAUCUAGUGGAGAAGAAGCAGCAGCAGCAGCUAAAAAGCGAGGAGCGUGGACACCGGAAGAAGAUGAGCUAUUAUUAGCGGGUAUAAAGAAAUUUGGUUAUGGACGAUGGAAAGAAAUUGCUACGAUUAUUCCUGGUAGAAAAGGAAAGCAACUUAAACAAAGAUGGGAUAAUUCAUUAGCAGCAAAAUAUGUUGAUCAAGAAUGGCUUCAAAAUAAAAUAAAGAAUGAGUCCAGUAAAACACUUUCUCCUACUCCUGCUGCUACUACUACUAAAGUGAUCAAUAACAAUACGAAUGCGCCUGUUCAAAAUGAAUCCAUUGAUUGGAUUUUAGUAGCUCAAAAAAUAUCAGAGAAAUUAAAAGAAGGUGGUGAUCAAACAACGGCCAUUGAAGCUUUAAUAUCUCAGAUUUUACUUACCUCACUUCAAUCAGUGGCAGCUAAUAAUAGCACAGCUAAUACUAAUAAUGUGGCUUCUACUAGUAUUGCUUCUACAUCAAAUACGACUCAACCUUUAUUACCUUAUACAGAUCCACUUUUAUUAUUACUUCCUCAUCUUCUACAGCAACAAUUACAGCAAUUACAACAGCACAAAUUACCAGCACAGACAACUCCUCAACAACAGCAAUCACAAACCAUACAGCCACAACCCUUACAGCCACAACCACAACCACAACCACAGCCACAGCCACAGCCACAAUCACAGCCACAACGAUUGCAGCCUCAACCACUGCCUCAAAAAAUCAUCACAAAUAAUGCAGCUCAUUCCCUAUUUAUACCAUCGUCCUCUAAUAAUUCAUCUAAUAGUAACUUGACUACCAUUACUAAGAAAAGGAAAAGGUCUGAUCCAGCAUUAGCGAAUACCCAAAGUGAUGCUAUGUCUAUCUAUGCAUCCUCGACACCAAUAACAACUACAAUUGAUAACCAAACACAGACAUUUUAUCCUUGUUUAUUCCCAAAUUGUGGAAAGACAUUUGCAAGACUCUAUAAUCUUAAAAGUCAUUCAAGAACGCAUACAGAUGAUAGACCGUAUGUGUGUAAUGUGUGUCAAAUUGCCUUUAGUCGAAAUCAUGAUCUUAAGCGACAUGGUAAAAUUCAUGGUGGUGACAGGCCUUAUAAAUGUGGUGGAUGUAACAAGAGUUUUUCAAGAUUGGAUGCUUUAAAAAGACAUAAAAGUAAUCUUAGAAGUAAACCUGCUUGUGUCAAUUCACCACUUUUACCACCACCACCAUCGCCACCACCACUACAACAACAACAACAACAACAACAGCAACAAUCAUAA